UCAUAACAAAUGUUUUAUACCAAGUUAAUUAACUAAUUAUUGGUAAUAUAUCACCUACUUGUUGCUGCAGAAGUUACUGAACUACAUGGGUGACAUAUAUGGCCGAGAUGGCUUCACUAUCAGACCCAUCCUUUUACGACCAAAAAGUCGAGGAAGUAUAACACUCAAGUCCAACAACCCGAAGGAUGCCCCAAAUAUUGACCCCAGGCUUCUCAGUCACCCUGAUGACGUCACAACCCUUGUUGAAGGGAUAAAGUUGGCCUUGAGGCUGGGCAACACCUCAGACUUCGUCAACAACCUCGAUGCAAAGUUUUAUGAUAAGCCCCUGCCAGAGUGUAGAGGUGAGGCGUACGGCAGCGACGCUUACUGGACCUGCUAUGUGCGACACAUGUCCAGUGCCUUCUAUCACCUCUGUGGCGGCUGCAAGAUGGCACCAGCUUCUGACCCGUAUAGUGUGGUCGACAAUAAACUGAAGGUUCGUGGAGUCUUUGGUCUGAGAGUAGUUGGCGCCCCUAUCAUGCCAGCUGUCACCAGUGGCAACACUAAUGUUCCCGUUGUUAUGAUCGCUGAGAAGGCCAGUGACAUCAUCAAGCAAGACUGGAACAGUUAAUCCUGAACGACUUAGUGACAUAACCGUCAACCAUAGCGGAUGUCAUUAAGGCACAGCUGAUGUACCAGCUAGUUGUGACCUUACUGGACCAGCUA